CAUAAUGUAGCUUAAUGUUAACUAAGAAUAUUCGUUGAGCUUUUGCCCAUUUCCUCCUUGGUGCUUUUACAGAGUGAGACUGCUGUCCAGUCCAGCAGGGGGCGGAAAUGGACCAACCAGCUGCUUUGUCUCAGUGUGACGCCCAGCCGAAGGAGAACAAAAAGACAACAGGAGCAGCUUGUGUUGGACGCAGCUGGAAGACGAUUGUGUUGUCAUGUCUCAGCUGAAUAUUUCAGUAACAAUAUCUUCCCCUGCAGUUCAGCAACAGAUAGCGGCUAACUGCUUCUGCUGUUAAAAAACAAAAAAAACGUCGUUCACUACGAGGAAAACAUAAUCUGAUGCAAACUACAGAUGAGACUCACCAGAAUCGACCUUCAAAAGUCGCAUGUCUCCAUUAAGAAGGAAGCUUCUUCCAUCCAACAUCUCUGUACCCAGGGCAGGAGGCCUUACCACAACCAGAAGGAAGAAGAACCUCAGUGGACCGAAGAGAAUCAGAUGGAACCAGAUCCAAAACAAUGGGUUAAAGAGGAAGAGGAGGACACAGCACAUCCACUGAAAGAAGAAGAAAAGGAGGAAAUAAAGUCUUCAUGGGCUAAAGAGAAACAGAAAAAAACUAAAAUAUGUUUAUUUCAUAUUGAAAAACAAGAGAACCCAGAAACUCAUAAGAUAAAAGAAGAAGAGGAAGACCCAGGAUUUCCACUGACAGAAGAACAGGAGAAACAAGAGUUACAGUGGAUUAAAGAGGAAGACCAGGACACAAAACACCCAAGUUUAGAGGAGGAAAAUGAGGAACCAACAUCUUUCUGGGCUGAAGAGGAACAGAAGAAACCAGAAAACCCACUUAUUGAAGAACAGGAGGAUCUAGAAUCUAAAGGGAUUAAAGAAAAAGAAGAACCAGAUUCAAUAUUGAUCGUUGAAGUUAAGGAAGAAACAGAUUCUUCAUGGAUUAAACAUGAACAGCAGGAACUGGAACAUUUUCCAGCUGGUCAGGACCAGAAGGGCCGCCGGAGCAGUGAGGAGGGAGAGAAGCUCGCCCAGGAGCCGUCUGCUGCUUUGAUGGAGACUUCUCUUCAGGAAGUCUCCAGGAAAGGAGCUGGAGAACCUAGAACCGAGCAAUGUUUAUUUCAUAUUUCUCCUACAGACAGCAAACAUCAAGAAGGAAGCAGAUCCACAGUGUUAGAGAGUCAGUCUCAUGCUGACACAAAGAAUAUGUCUUUAAAAUGUGAAAUUUGUGAGAGAGCGUUUAAGAAGAGGUUUAACUUGAAAGAGCAUUACAAAACCCACACUGGGGAGAGGCCUUUUUGUUGUGAAACAUGUGGGAAACGUUUUUCUCGAUUUGGUAUUUUAAAAGUUCACAAGCAAACUCAUACAGGUGAGAGACCUUUUUCUUGUGAAACUUGUGGAAAAACAUUCUUGCGAAUUUAUAAUUUAAAUCUUCACAAGAAAGUUCAUACCGGUGAGAGGCCUUUUUCCUGUGACAUGUGUGGAAAAUCUUUCUCUCGUAUUGAUAAUUUAAAUCUACAUAAGAAAAGGCAUGCAGAUGAGAGAUCUUUAAAAAAUCAUGCAAGUGAGAGGCCUUUCUCUUGUGAAACAUGUGACAAAAGUUUCUCUCGAAUUGAUCACUUAAAAGCUCACAAGAACACUCACACAGGGGAGAGACCUUUUUCUUGUGACACUUGUGGGAAAGGUUUUUCUCAUUUUGGCAAUUUAAGUAUUCAUAAGAAAAUCCAUACAGGUGAGAGGCCUUUUUCUUGUGAGACGUGUGGGAAAGGCUUUAUAAAUAGUUCAAACUUGAAUGUUCACAGGAGAACUCACACGGGUGAAAGACCUUAUUCAUGUGAAGUAUGUGGGAAAGCUUAUUUCAUCCGCAAUCACUUAAAUGUACAUCAGAGAACCCACACAGGUGAGAAACCUUUUUCAUGUCAAAUAUGUGGCAAAAGUUUUAUUGAAAAUAGGAAACUGAAUUAUCACAUAAAAAGAAAGCACAUAAGUGAGAAAUAGUCAUUUUAAUCUCACUGGUUAACAAUAAAUAUUUAGAAUUUUCUUAGUUUAUUUUUAAGUAGUAUAUUAGGAAAGAAAAAAUACCAAUUAAGCUUAAACAUGAGUGGGAGUGAAGGUGAUGUGUUGGACGGGUUUAACAGAACCUAAACCCGUUUUGUUGGGUGACUCUGGUUCACUGGAUACAGUAGUUUUGCAAUUUGAAGGUUUUUUUGUUUUUAAAGUUUCAAGUUGGAAUUUUAUAAUAAAUGUUGAAUUUAAA